GCGUGGAAACUCAGAGCCAGCCUGCAAAUAUCGGAGGGUGGUAACGGCCAAGUCUGGGUUGAAGUCGAGAGCCACAAUUAAUCAUGGACGAACUGCUUAGGCCAGCCAGCAUCGUCCGCACGACGAAGACAGACGCAGGGGCCGAUCUCCUGCGGGAGCGAAGUGUCCAGGAGCGCACCAAUACCGCCGAGGCGAAAUCGAAAGCCGAGCAGCGCAGGACUCCUGCCUCGCCAGAGGAUGCGCUCGAAAUCCUGCGGCACGAGCCAGACUACGAUUCACUGACUUCUGUCCUGAAGUUUCUUUCCCGCCACGAAGCCGCUGGCUCGAGCUUCCCAACCAUCAAGCUGCCCAGUCCGCUGAGCGCCCAGCUCGUCCAGGUUCUGGUCGCCGAGAUCGUGCCGAACUACUGGGCCCUGCUGGUCGAAGAUGUCCACCAGGGCAAGGACUCCGGUCUGAAACUGCUACUCUACUGUAUCUCGAGCGUCGCUGGCGUCAAUGCAAUCCUCGUCCGGCUGCGGGCCCUAAUUCAGGAAGCCAAGUCCGAGGCAGCGGACAAGGCAAGGCGGCCCGAUAUCUCCCUUAACCUCGGUAUCCUCCUGGACCUGCUGUGCCGUGUCCUCCACGGUGACGGCUGGCUGUUGGGAGCAUGGCGGGCCGCAACGUCGGGGUCGGAUGCGCCCGCGCGUGUAAGGCCCAGGGUGCAGGAGAUUGUUGCGACGUUCGGCAGCGGCCGCAUUGUCUCUCUGGCUGCCGAGGCCGACGAAGUCGCCAAAGCCAACAGCCCCAAAAAGAAGGACGAAGGUAUUUGGCCUGCAGAUUCUUUGCAAUACACCGAGUGGUUGGCCCGGAAUAUCGUAAAGCUAGCGUUGUCGGGCGAGACCGCGGACGAGACAAGACUCGCCUCUGACUUAUUUGCCAAAGCCAUGCGCCUUGGCCACCCUGGUAGGCGUCACUGUUUGUCGCGUUAUGGGAUGGGGCGUUGACGGCGACUUAGACGCAGCGAUCAAGCAGUUGCUCUCCGAGCUUGUUCUCAAGAAAAGUGCUGAUCCGGCCCGAUUCGGCGUUCUGCUAUGGAACCUGCCUCGAACUGAGCAAUGCAAAGUCCUGUUCUCCGUCCUGAAGCUGUUCUCGGCCGAGCACCUGGAUCGUCUCGGACGCUGUGAUUCCGCGGAGAGCAAGCCCAUCAUAUCUGCUGUGGCCGGCGCGCUCAACGGAAUGCUCGGUGCGGAUGGGAAUGGGCGGGGACACUUGCUGGACUGGUUGA